AUGGUACUGAAUCGAAUGUCUUGCGUAAUGAUUCCUACUGGAUAUGACAGUAUGUGGAAGAAACUAACACCUGUGGUUUGGAUUGCAAUACUGAUUCUCCCGUUUGGUGGAACUUGGAAUUGUAUCAUUUCUCGAGUAUAUGUGGAAGCUUUUCGUGGGGGAUUCACAAUGAAUUAUAUUAAAGCGGUUGAAUGGGCAGCCCUCUCAAAAUUUCAAUCCAUAUACAUCCUGACUGCUCUAUUCUUCACUGUCUUCUGUACUAUUGUCACAGUUUAUAAAUUGGUACUUAUACCAGGACGAGUCAAAUCUGUUGAGAAAUCAUUGUGCUUAUCCAGUAUUUUUAUAUCUUCCACGUUUCUUCUUGUGGCAGGAACACAGCUAGCCGUCGCAUUCUGCUCUGUUUGUCAAGGUUCAAUGUUAUUCAUUCUUCAGUUGCUGGCAUUCGACACGUUCACAGUUGGAUCAGCAGUAAUCAUGAUUAUCACCGACAGUAAAUUACGUGCAUGUGUAUUCCCAUAUACCUGGAAGCCAAUGAAAAUUCGAACAGCUUCUCCGUCAAAAGUUCGAGCGGCGAGUAUAUCGAUGUAUUAA